AUGAGGCUUUCAUACUUGUGGACAGCUUUGACGUGUUCAGCAAUUGCUGAAGGUAGAUACGCAGGUCAUGAAGAAUCGUUUUGGGUGAACAAGGAAGAUGAUCUGAGAUUGAAUGAUGUUGGAAAGAAUAGUGUUGCACCUUUUAUUGACCAAUUGUUUGGUGAGCUUUUGAAACCUCGAUUAGAUUGCAAUUCGGAGGAUUUUGUGUCAGUAAGCAGUCAAAUUGAUGUCAUGGAGGAUGAAGAUCCUGAUUUUAAAGCACAAUGUGGAUUUUUCAACGAAAAUCCAGUUGUACUGCCAUUAGACACAUACAUGAAGGACUUAUUCUUCUUCAGUGGGAUUGUCACGUUUGCGCAUUUGCCUGCGGUUAAAUGUUUUGCUGAAGACGAGCUAAAUGCAGAUAUUGUAAUUGUCGGGGCACCCUUCGAUACUGCUACAACUUAUCGCCCAGGAGCUAGAUUUGGCCCUAAUGGAAUCAGGCAGGGUAGUCGCAGGAUAGGUUCAGGUAUCUCUCCAGUGAGAGGCUUCCCAGGCUCAAAGUUACGGCUCUUGAAUCCUUAUAAUUCUUCAUACAAGAUUGCCGAUUGUGGUGACAUUCCCAUGACUCCCUUUGACAAUAGGGUAGCCCUCAAUCAGCUGUACAGGGGUCAGAGAAAGAUACACAAUCACCCGAGUCUUAAAGAGCCCGAAAAGCCUCCAAGAAUCAUCACACUAGGAGGCGAUCAUACUAUCACGUUGAUGGCUCUGAGGUCUGCGUAUGAGAAAUUUGGUCCAUUGGCUGUUGUUCAUUUCGAUUCACACAUUGAUAGCUGGUCUCCGGAUGUCUUAGGUGGCGGUGUUUCCAAGAGGGCACGCUUAAACCAUGGUACGUUUUUACAUUAUGCUCACGAAAAAGGCUAUCUUGCAAACAAUAGUGCUAUCCAUGUUGGGAUCAGGGGUCCUUAUAUUGAUUCUCAUGAUGAUUUACACGACCGUGAAUGUGGAUUUGAGAAAAUUGUUUCCAGGGAUAUCGACAUCAUAGGUAUCCGAGGCGUGGUCGAUCAGAUCAAGAAAAGAAUUGGCGACUUGCCAGUAUAUAUAACAUUUGAUAUCGAUGUCUUGGAUAUUGCAUCUGCUCCUGGAACAGGUACUCCAGAACCAGGUGGAUUCACAGCAAGAGAAGCUUUAACCAUUUUGGAUGGAUUGGAGGGGAUUAAUCUUGUUGGCGCCGAUGUCGUAGAGGUUGCGCCAGCAUAUGAUUCCAACGGUGAUAUCACUGUAAUCACAGCGGCUAGUGUAGUUGAUUCCUUCAUCGGUUUGAUGACUGUAGAAUAA